CCCGGCCCACGGUCCACGCGGUGCGAGCGGCGCCCGCCUCCGGGACUGAGCCAUGGGCGAGCCUCCGGCCGACGUGCGCGCCUUCCUGCGCCAGCACCCGAGUCUGCGGCUGGAGCCCGGCGCGCACAAGGUCAAGUGCGUCCUCACCGGCCACGAGCUGCCCUGCCGUCUGCCGGAGCUCGAGGUCUACACCCGCGGCAAGAAAUACCGGCGGCUGGUCCGCGCCGCCCCGGCCUUCGACUACGCGGAGUUCGAGCCGCACAUCGUGCCCAGCACCAAGAACCCGCACCAGCUGUUCUGCAAACUCACCCUGCGGCACAUCAACAAGUCCCCAGAGCAUGUGCUGAGGCACACCCAGGGCCAGCGGUACCAGAGAGCCCUGUGUGAAUAUGAAAAGUGUCAGAAGCAGGGUGUGGAAUAUGUGCCCGCCUGCCUCCUGCACAAGAGAAGGAGGAGGGAAGCCCAGAUGGACGGCACUGGGCCACCUCACUCAAGAGAAGCCUUCUGGGAACCUGCAUCCAGCGAGGACGAUGCAGCUGCCAGUGACAGUGAUGACAGCAUGACAGACCUGUACCCGCCCGAGUUGUUCACCAGAAAGGACCUGGGAAGGACUGAGCCUGGCGACAGCACCAGUGACUUUUUGACAGAAGAUGAGGACGGGAAGCCGAGGCUCACACCAGGGAAGGGCCCUGGGGACAGAGAAGAGAUGGAAGUGGCCCAGGCACUAGUUCACAAGCGUGGGAAGAAGCAGUUGAGUUUGUCAAAGAAGAAGUUCAAAAGUCAUCAUCGUAAAGCUAAGAGCUUCAGCUCUCUUAAACACUGUGGUUAAUAAACGGCUGCUGGAGAAAGCA